AUUGCUCUACAACUCAGAGCAGCAACUGCUGAGACCACCUUGAGAAGAGGAUGAUCCUAAACAGAGCCCUGAUUUGGGGGGCCCUCGCCCUGACCACCGUGCUGAGUCGCUGUGGAGGUGAAGACAUUGUGGCUGACCACGUUGGGGCCUAUGGCAUAAAUGUCUACCACUCCUACGGUUCCUCGGGCCAGUACACCCAUGAAUUUGAUGGAGAUGAGGAGUUCUACGUGGACCUGGACAAGAGGGAGACUGUCUGGCAGCUGCCUAUGUUUAGUGAAUUUAGAAAUUUUGACCCUCACCGUGCACUACAAAACAUGGCUAUUGCAAACUACACCCUGGACCUCCUGAUUAAACGCUCCAACUCCACUGCUGCUCCCAAUAAGGUUCCUGAGGUGACUGUGUUUCCCAAGUCUCCCGUGGAGCUGGGCCGGCCCAACACCCUCAUCUGUGCCGUGGACAACAUCUUCCCUCCUGUGAUCAACAUCUCGUGGCUGAGCAACGGGCACUCCGUCACGCAGGGUGUUUCCGAAACCAGCUUCCUGUCCAAGAAGGAUCAUUCCUUCCUCAAGAUCAGUUACCUCACCUUCCUGCCUUCUGCUGACGACGUCUAUGACUGCAGGGUGGAGCACUGGGGCCUGGACCAGCCCCUCCUGAAGCACUGGGGGCCUGCGCCCAGCUGGUGCCUCCAGACAGCAAGGGCCCUUGUGAGUCACACGCCAGAGGAAAGGUGCGUUGCCAAUCUUAAGAGCAGAAGAGUGGACAUGCUGGGUGACCUGGAACUAUUCGCUGGCCAAGUCCAUCUUAGUCCUUCUCUCCUCCACUGCCCCUCCUGCCAUCUCUUCUCUGGGACUUAAGGUGCUGUGUCCUCUCAGAGUUCACAAACCCUUGGAAUUCUCCCCCUCACUCCUGACAUUUUUUCUUUUCUCCGCUGUUACCUACUAUGGAAAUCCCUGGGAUAUGCCUCAUUCCUUGUGGCCCUGAUGUGAUAUCUCCAUGGAAGCAAUAAAUCCCCUUUAGGAGGCCUUUUGUUGA